AUGCCGUGCCUGGCGCCGCCCGCGCCGCCUGACACGGCACUGCGGCGACACGCGCGCUCACUGCAGGAGCAGCCAUGGAAGUCUGAGGUCGUGCCCUUGUUUCCCAUGUACACGGUGCCCAUGGCCGCGCUCCUGCAGAUGACCGAGGUCAAGCCGCACGAGGCGUUGAAGUCCGACGGAGUACUUGCAAUUUUCGAUGCAAGCAUGGGGCGGGCAGCACUCGUUUCACACCAGUGGGUAGGUCAUCAUCAUCCAGAUCCAGACUGCAAGCAGUUUCGUGUCUUGCAAGAUGCGCUGAGAAACAUCUUUGCGAAGCAGACUGCAAUCUGUCCGGACGUGAUGACAGAAGUACUCUUUGGCCGAUCCAAGGGUAUAGAUGCCAAGGAAUUCACUGGACAUGACAUGUACAUUUGGUACGACUAUUUCUCCUGCCCACAGCUCGAGCACCAGUUUGGGUGCUCGGGUCAUCAGAGCCAGCUCUCGAGGGCCAUUGACAGCAUCCCGGCCUAUGUGAGCAAGUGCGCCUUGCUUCUGGUGCUGUGCCCGGUCACCGAAACGCCCGACAGGUCCCAGGUGUUCGGACCGAUGAGCUGGAAUAGCAGAGGCUGGUGUAGGCUCGAGAGAAUGGCGCGGGAGUGUUCGGGAGACGGCUCCUUCAUCAUCAUCAAGAGCGCCAGGCACGUGGAGUUGGCUUCUUCAUCCUUUGCCUCGUCCUGCGAAAACUCGCCAGGCGAAGGGGAGUUCACGGUCGAGUCAGAUCGCUUUCGGAUUGGCCCCGUGGUGAAGCAGAUGCUGAGAGCAAGGUUGCAUCGACAUCUGCAGGAAGGCGACUUAGCCAGCUAUCGCGUGGUGGCCAAUGCACAGGCCAUCUUUUUCAGAGGAUUGCUUCAAGAGCCCAUCGGUGACCUCGUCCCUACCAGUGAGCGAGAGGCAGACGGCAGUGACUGCAGAUUCGGUGCAGUGGCGCGCUUCCUGUUUCAGAACGGCUUCACGCAUGUCCGCGAGUAUGACGAGGCGGGAUGGUCUCCCUUAUGCUACGCCGCUUUGAACGGAGACGCGGCGUUGGUCAAGUCUCUGCUCGAAUCGAGGGCCAGUCCAAAUGAGCAAACCAAAGCCGGUCAGCCCCUGCUCGCCUUGCAAAAGCACGUCUCAGCACUGGGCAUCUGCGCCUACUUCAAGAACAAUGAUGCCAUGAAGGUGCUGAUAGCUGCCAGGGCCGAGGUCAACACCUCCGGCGCCACACCCCCUCCCAUGGUCCUGGCCAGCUUUGGGAACAAUGCCCAGGGCAUCCAGCUGCUCUGUAACUCGCGCGUCAGCCCAAAUGUUCGAAAUGCCUUGGGCAUCUCGGCGCUGCAGCACGCCUGUGCCACAGGCGGCCUUCAUGCGGUGGACAUGCUCCUGGCCUUGGCGAGUGACGCGCGUGACGCGCUUGACAUGUCGGGAUCCCUGCAUGCCGCAGUGCUGCUUCAAGCAGGCUCGGAUGAGCUCAUUCUGAAGCUGAUUUCAGCAGGGGCGGACGUGAAUGAGCAGCUGCGCCCUCGCAUGUUGAGCAUGCUGGGAAUCUUCUUCAACAUCAAGGGCAUGCAAUUCAGAUUCAAGCAGUCGACAAGACUACGCACCUUGGGCUAUCACCACUAUGGCGCGACUCCUUUGAUGGUGGCCAUACUCGCGGGGCAUUUCGAAUCAGCGGCGACCCUCAUCCGUGCUGGAUCCAAAUUGGACGUGAAGAACUUCAGGGGUCAAACAGCAAAGGAUCUCAUGCGCGAGGCAUCGGUGCCAAGUUACCUCCAACACGCUUUGGGCGGUCAAGUUGCGAGGCAACAGUUCUGUGACAAGCUACGACCCAAUACCAUGGCAUCGAGUCAUGCCCUCGGAGCCAUAGGAAGCUCAAAGGAAGAUGAGGGUUUGUACUUCAGCGUGUGA